AUGAACUAUUUCAAGAAGAAGGGUUCCAUAUUUGGGUCUCCACAGUCGGCGAAAACCAAUUCAAGUAGCGCAAAGCAAGUAGUGCCUACUAACAUCGUCACCGCCACCUCAACUGGAUGUUGCCAAGGGACGAAUGGCUGCUCAAGUUCGGAGUCAGUUAACGUUGUUCCUAUGAACCACCAUCCAAUGAUCUCUAAGUUAGAGCAGCAGAUUAAGGUGGCAGAGCUGGAAAAGAGAGUCCUAAAUGAGAGAGAGCUUCAAAUUAUGCAUCAGAAGAAUAUGGAAAGAACACAAGAUUAUCUUGGGCACUGCCUACAAGUAGCCCAAGAUAAUGGAUUCUUGAACCUCAUUCACAACUCCAAAGACAUUGGCCCACAACCAUGCCCGCCCUCCUCCAAUGUUGUCACUCCAAAUGCCAUCCCGCAAUUUCCAGCAAGUCAACCACACCAUUCUUCUGAUCUAGCAGCUGUUAUUGAUCAAGCCCAGCUAAAUGGAUGGUACAUCCACCCAGGAGAGAUUGAGAUUGAAGAAAAAAUAGGGCAGGGGAGUACGGCUCACAUAUACAAAGGAACAUGGCAUGGACUUGAAGUGGCAGUGAAAUGCUUGUACCCUGAUUUCUUUGAAACGAACGACAAUGGUGUCGCAUUUUUUGCUCAAGAGCUUGACACCUUAUGUAGGCAGCGACAUCCAUACAUACUUCAGCUAAUGGGUGCAUGCCUCGAUCCUCCUAACUAUGCUUGGGUGGUGACGGAGUUCAUGAGUACAACACUAAAGGAGUGGCUUCACGGCCCUGGAAAUAGGCGAAAAGGGAGGAUGAUACCACUUCCUCCGCUCAAAGAAAGGGUCGCUAGGGCAUUGGAGAUUGCUCUAGCCAUGCAGUAUCUUCAUGGACAAAAGCCUAUGGUGAUUCAUCGUGAUCUCAAGCCUAGCAACAUAUUUUUGGACGAUGCUAUCCAUGUACGAGUUGCGGAUUUUGGUCAUGCUCGGUUCCUGAGUGAUGAAGAGAAGGCACUCACUGGCGAAACAGGAACUUAUGUGUACAUGGCACCCGAGGUCAUCCAAUGCGAGCCUUAUAACGAAAAAUGCGACAUAUACAGUUUUGGGAUUUUAUUGAAUGAGCUUAUAACUGGAGAUUAUCCUUACAUUGAGAAAGAUUACGGUCCCAUUAAGAUUGCGAUGGAAGUUGUGGAGGACAACCUAAGGCCAAAACUGGCUGAUGAUCAUGAUGGGCAACUUGGGGAGCUAAUUGACCUAAUUUGCCUUUCAUGGGAUGCAGAUGCGUCAGUGAGACCAUCCUUUGCCGCCAUUACAAGUAGUUUGAAGGCUCUUCAAAACAGAUUGUUUUAUUGA